UCUAGGAGGUCCCUUUCCCCUUCCUUGGACCUCUGUGAUGCGUUCACCUAGCAACAGCUUCUUUGAUGUGCAAACAUUCUACUGGCAAAUCAUGCAGGGCAGCCACUCAUAUUGGUGGAUUCAUAUUUCUUCUGGGAAUUGACCUUGGAUUUGGAAUUUUCUCUUGUGUCUGAUAUGGCUUGUUUUGAUCCACCUCUUGAAGUGGUUCCACCCAAGAACCCAAGCAUGUACAACAAAAAGGCAGCUGACCCAGUCCGUCCUGACCUUGCUAGUUUGUUGGUGAAAAAUACGAAUCUUUUAGCUGAGCUAAGAAAUCUUCAAAACAAACUUUUCAUAAAAGAAACUUCAUUGCAAGAGAUGAAGAGUGAGCUAGAAAGUUACAAAGAAAAUAAUGUGCAACAGUCAUUCCAGAUAAUGUCCCUGAAAGAUGAUAUCAAGGACCUACAGGAACUUAUUGCUUCUCUAACCAGAAUUAAAUCUUUGAAAAACACCAAUAUUCAGAGUCUUGAAAGAGGCAACUGGGAUCUAACUGAAAGAAUUUUAGAGCUAGAAAACCGAUUAAGAGUACAUCUGGUUGAAAGAGAAAAGGCAGAGCGAAAAGCAGACCUUUUGGAGAAAAAGUUAGUAGGUGCUAACAAAUUCAUCCCUUAUAUGAAUGUAAAAGGACAAGAGGAUUCCUUGGACAGUUUCAAGAUGAAGGAUAAGGAUGAAGCUAUCCUGGCCAAGAACUUUGAGAAAGAUAUUUUUCACUCUGAAGGACCAAAAGAUGGACAGAAAAUUUGGGAUAAAUAUGAACAAGAUUUGAUCCAUAAGGAAAAACAAAAAUAUGAGUUAGAUAGACCUCCAUAUUUAUUCAGCUGGGAAACUAAAACUGUGCAAUCCCAGUAUCAGAAGUUCCUUGGUCAGCUGGCUAGUCUUCUGAGCAACAGUGUUGUCCCUGUACCAGCCACGGAGGAAGCCGUGAAAGAGAGGAUUCGGGAAAUUGGUGCAAAUGAGCAAUCUUGGAAGUCUAGGACGGAAGGCCUUCAGCAGGAAAUUCAGAUGCUCACUCAGCGGCUGGAGCAGCUGCAUCAGCACUGUGAAGACGCUGCUCAAGAAUCAUCCCAAACUGAAGAAAAGUGUAAGGAGCAAAAAAAAUCCUUGAAACAUCUGGAAGGAAAAAUUGCUCUUAAAGACUUUUUUCAAGGGAGAUUUGACUUGGACAGGAAGAAAGAAAACUCCAGGACUAAGAAUUCCCAGACAGACGAAUAUGGCAAGAUGUUCAAACAGCUAGAGAAAGACAAACAACAAAUAUUAUUGAAUAUUCAGCAGAAUUUGCAGAUUGCUACAACUCAAAGAUUAGAAGAGAAAAUUCAGAAACUUCAGAAACAGCUCAGUGAUUUGAAAUUGUCAAAUAAAAAUAUGAAAACUCAACUGACAAGAGUAAAUGUCCUUAAAGACAAAACAAUUGAAAAGCUCAGGCAAUCUUUAACACAAGUUGAAGCAAUGCAAGGGAAGGCAGUUAUGAAAACAGACAAGUUGAAACCGACAUUAGACUCUGCUGAGCAAGACACAAGAUGGGACAGAGAGAGGGCCCAUCAGGUGUUAGAUGCUGUCCCUCCUGAGCUCUGCACAGCAAAGAGCACAUCUGAAGAAGUAUCAGGACAACAAGAGCUUGUUGACUUUCGAGAAACUAUUAAGAAGAUCUUGGGAUUUAACAUGAAAACAGCAGACAAGAAAAUCAUCAAUCAUCUAAGGCUUAUUGUACAAGUUUAUGAAGCACCUAACAAAUCAAAGAUUACUUCUGGUUGUGAGACUGGACAGCAUAAUGAAUAAAAAAGUUCUGCCUUUUCAUUGCUGUCAACAAGAACUCAGCAGAUAUGGACAUUUCCUUCAGCAUUUUGAACAUGGCUAUGU